GUCCAUCUCAUAGCAGGCACAAACUCAUCCAUCCCCAGUUGAUUGGAAGAAACAACGAUGACUCCUGGGAAGACCUCAUUGGUGUCACUGCUACUGCUGCUGAGCCUGGAGGCCGUAGUGAAGGCAGGAAUAGCAAUCCCACAAAAUCCAGGAUGCCCAAAUUCUGAGGACAAGAACUUCCCCCGGACUGUGAUGGUCAACCUGAAAAUCCAUAACCGGAAUACCAAUACCAAUCCCAAAAGGUCCUCAGAUUACUACAACCGAUCCACCUCACCUUGGAAUCUCCACCGCAAUGAGGACCCUGAGAGAUAUCCCUCUGUGAUCUGGGAGGCAAAGUGCCGCCACUUGGGCUGCGUCAACGCUGAUGGGAACGUGGACUACCACAUGAACUCUGUCCCCAUCCAGCAAGAGAUCCUGGUCCUGCGCAGGGAGCCUCCGCACUGCCCCAACUCCUUCCGGCUGGAGAAGAUACUGGUGUCCGUGGGCUGCACCUGCGUCACCCCCAUUGUCCACCAUGUGUCCUAAGAGCUCUGGGGAGCCCACACUCCCCAAAGCAGUUAGACUUUCUGGAGAGCCGGCCCAGCCCUUCAGGAACCCUCAUCCUUCAAAGACAGCCUCAUUUCAGACCAAACUCAUUGGAGUUCUUAAGGCAGUUCGUCCAAUUAAAGCUUCAGAGAAGACAAGAUUCCAGGCUUGGGAAUUUUAUUAUUUAAAAGUGUCGGCCGGUCUGAGAAAUGAAGAGAAAGAGUACAAAAGAGAGAAAUUUUACAGCUGGGCCUCCAGGGGUGACAUCACCUAUUACUCUUAUUCUAUGGCUGACCUUUCUGCCAGCAAGUUUUCCUCGUGUUUAAAAGCACUAAGAUUGAAGCAUAAAAGACAAAUGGAAAGAUGAAAUACAGAAGCCCCAC